GUCUUGUCAGUCGCUUUGUGAAUCAGACGUGGAGAUAUAAGCGGAAACUUGUUUUUUCUUCAUCUCUCUGAAGAUAUUUCACAUUUAUUUCUCCAAAGUUAUGUGCUGUGGAUCAAACUGGGAAAACAAUCAAGAGUUAAUGCAGAGAAUGUGAGGCAGUCUCCAUUAAGAUGACAUCUGUUAACCUUUCCACCUCCAUUCUGCCUUCCUGCACCUACAAGGAGGACUUCAAACGUUACCUUCUCCCAUCCAUCUACAGCUUGGUCUUCAUCUUCGGGCUUCCUCUCAAUUUCAUCAUCAUCUUGCGAAUCAGGAGCUCUCGACAUGCAUUGACAUGCAGCAAGAUCUACAUGCUUAACCUAGCUGUGGCAGACUUCCUGUAUGUCUGCUCGCUUCCUCUUCUCAUAUACAACUACGCCAGCUGGGACUACUGGCCGUUCGGCGACUUCACCUGCCGCAUGAUCCGUUUUCAGUUCUACAGCAACCUACAUGGAAGCAUCUUUUUCCUAACCUGCAUCAGCUUCCAACGAUACCUGGGAAUCUGCCAUCCGCUGACUCCGUGGCCCAAACAAGGUGGACGCAAGCUGGCUUGGAUUAUCUGUGCUGGCAUAUGGGUGGCUGUGUUGGUACUCUGCGCCCCAACGUUUGAUUUCGCGGCGACUGGAAUCCAACGCAACCGUACAGUGUGCUAUGACCUCAGCAUUCCUGAUCGUGCACUAGAGUAUUUUCCAUAUGGCAUUGCCUUGACCUGUCUGGGUUUCAUCUUGCCAUUCCUGGUGAUCGUGGUGCUGUACUGCAAAAUGGCAAGGGUUCUUUGUCAGACUGGCGAAGCGAGAGGAGACACAUCCGCGGAGAAGAAGAGAAAAGCAGUUAAGAUGAUCAUAAUUGUAAUGCUGGUGUUUGCUAUUAGCUUUUUGCCAUUCCAUGUGACAAAGACACUCUACCUGUUGGUAAGGACCCUCCCUACAGCACCUUGUGAACUGAGGAACAUCUUGUCAGUGGCCUACAAAAGCAUGAGACCCUUUGCCAGCAUGAACAGUGUGCUAGAUCCCAUUCUGUUCUACUUUACUCAACCCCAGAACAGACGCACUACGAAGGGUUUGUUGCUCAAGAUCACCUCCUUUAAAGACAAGGGUGCCAAAGUGUGACUACUCCACACCUUUGUGGGUGGGUCUAAAAUCAUACUAAAAUACACUUAUUAGGUGGAAGGGAUGACAAAAUUACUUUGGCACUAAGUCUAUACUAAAACAUGUUGUCCUAAAAUACUAAGUAGUACCAUGCGCUGAUUAAAUUCGGUACCUUUGCGCUGUCUGACUCAUAGAUGGCUGCUCUCAAAUGCUCACAUGUGUAUCUGUGCAGCUCUGUGCAUGAACGGACCAAUGUUAAAGUGUGUUCAUUUUUGCUCUAGUAUUAAAACUGAUAUCAAAAAUGUUUAAAUUUCACUGAAAUUUUGAUAUUGUGACAACGCUAUUAGUAAAUGAUACUAAACACACCAUGAAGUCAUGUUACUGUAGAUGGAAUUCUCCAAUGUUCCAUUAAUGUUCUGUGUACGAAGUUAUAGGAAAACAUGUAGUAGUCUGAUAACUGUACUAUGAAGGUUGAAAAUAAUGGUCGAAGGAUGUACAACUUAAAACAGAUUGCGGUUUUAUUGAUUGAUUCGAGGUUUUCGUUAAACUCAAGCAAUGUUGGGGAGUAGUUAGCUAAACUAAAUGUAGCGACGCAACUACCCUAAUUAGGGGCAAAUUUCAUUUGAAAGCAUUCACCCCUAUACUACACCCUAUACCCUACUCACAUUUAAGGACCGAGCCCUUGACUUGCUUACUCUGAAGGGAGCAUGGAAUUGUUAAAUGUCUUGUGGAAGCGUCCAUCAUGAAAGAUUCAUUUUCUUACUUUCGUUUUUUAACGAUCCUUUGAGAGGCGUCCAUUUUUGCAGUGCCCUUCAAGGGCGCAAAAAUGCUUUUUGGAAUUCACCCUACAUUUUUCAGUAGCAUUACAGUUAUUUAACUACUUACAAUUUCGCUAUGAGAAAGUGUGUAGGGUAUUUGAAAGGAUUCAUUCGACUUUUCUAAAUUUGGCUAAUUCGUAUGCUAUCGUGCGACUGCACUGUAAAUUCGUAUACAAUUUAUACAAUUGUCAUGUAUUUGUUUCCAUCUAAUACAUGACAAUUACUUACUUCAGUCACACACAGCAGCUUCCUAUAAUGUAUACACACUUUACUGAUGGGUUAGGUUUAGAUAAGGGGUUUAGGUAAGGGCAUAACAUUAAUAAGCAUGUCCUGAACGCCUCGUGCGCGAAAGUCGUGCUUCCGCAUUAUACAUACGGGAAUUUGCAUGUGAUGAAUUCCUACGAAUUUAAACGAACGAACUCGAAAUACGAAAUCGUAUGAAAUGAAUUCCAACUCGUGAAUAUGUACGAAUUUUCAUGAGACUGGGUUGAAAUACCUUAUUCACCGCAGCGCCAUCUUUGAUUUUUGCUGUGAGGAAUAGACGUACAGCCUGUUUACUGUGUUGAACAAUUGUUUUAUGUUUUUGGAUUGUUUUGCUGACAAAAGGUUGCCAUAAACAAGCUAUAUUUUCACAAAACACUACGUUUUUGUAUUGCGAAUGCAUCAACACAACUCAUAUAUAUAUAUAUAUAACUUAUUUUAUUUCUGUAAACUAAUAUUAAUAUUAGUUUUACUUAAAAUAUGCUUUACUUGCAAACACAAAGUUAUACAGUACUUCCUCCCAUGGCAAACGAUUUUGAGGAACAAAUACUUUACUGGAGACACAGUGUGCACUUUGCAGGAUCUUUUGCUAUAUAUUUUCAUCAUGAUUCACCUGCUUGCUUGCUGGUGUUUUGAAUCCAGCUUUGCAAAGGAGCACUUCCUUUAGUAGCCUCCCUCCGCUCUUUCUCUUUCUCUCUCAAUCUUCUUUUUUGUAAAGGUGUGAUACUGUAAACAGUGUGCAACACACAACUCAAACAUAUAAAAUAUGCAGAGCAUAAUGUGAUGCCUGAUAUGCAGACCUUGUGUUAUAACACAUUAUCUUAUUACACAGUCUUCACUGUUAUUUAUAUAUGUAUAUAGGACUGAUAUAGGCUUUAUAUAUGUAUGUAUAUUUUAAUACACCGUAAAUUGUAGAAUACAGCUUGCUUAAUUUAUUCAGUUCAACAGCAGAUGAAGGGCUCACUUUAUCAUUCAUGGGACCUUUUUAAUGUAGAGAAAAUACACAUCGGUAUCGCUGUCUGUAAUAGAAGGCAAUAGAACAUUGCAGGGCUGAAUGGAAACGUUUCGAAUGCAAACAAUAGCACCAUCAGUGUAACAUACUACAUCUGCUGCACAUUAUCUGAAGGUCAUUAUCUGUUUGUGUUUGAUGGCUAAAUGACAAAUCUGCAUCCUGUAUAUGACUUGGUGUCUUGUCCAACAUGUCUAAUGUUAUCAACAACAUGUGCACAAUUGUUGAUUGAGGAUCAGAGCUGACAAAGAAACACUGUUUGUAAAGCCUGCUUCUAUGUUUUUCCUGUCAUUAUAUUAUAAUGUGAUGUGUAAGAACAGUGCACUUGAAUUGCAGUUGUUGACAUAGUUUGGAUUGUAAUCAGUUUUUAUUUGAUGGUUAGCUGAUAUUGAUAGAAAACGUGUGUGUGUGUGUGUGUCAUUUGGCCAGUAUUAUGUUGGUGAAAUUUGUAUAUACCUUUAUCAAAAUGAAUGUAUUUUGCUUUUAUAAUUGAAGAACAUUUUUUUUUUAUUAUGUGAAUUUAUUUUUGAUGCAUAACAUAACAGCCUAUUUAAUAUAUUAUAUAAUAUUAGUUCAUAUUUAAUCAGCAUCUAAUAGGGUGAAUCUAACAAAGCCUGUCAAGAACAUGUUUGGAUCACAUUUCACACCAAAUCAUAUAAAAAACAAAAGAAAAUGUUUUAUUUUGCAUAAAGAAAAUAAAGCCUGUUUUCAAUGUUAAUAAUGUGCAUUGUGACAUUAUUUGCAUGACAUGAAUUAGUACAUUUCCCUCCAAAUUGUUGUUACUGUAAUGCAAAUCUACACUCACCUAAAGGAUUAUUAGGAACACCUGUUCAAUUUCUAAUCAACCAAUCACAUGGCAGUUGCUUCAAUGCAUUUAGGGGUGUGGUCCUGGUCAAAACAAUCUCCUGAACUCCAAACUGAAUGUCAGAAUGGGAAAGAAAGGUGAUUUAAGAAAUUUUGAGCGUGGCAUGGUUGUUGGUGCCAGACGGGCCGGUCUGAGUAUUUCACAAUCUGCUCAGUUACUGGGAUUUUCAUGCACAGCCAUUUCUAGGGUUUACAAAGAAUGGUGUGAAAAGGGAAAAACAUCCAGUAUGCGGCAGUCCUGUGGGCGAAAAUGCCUUGUUGACGCUAGAGGUCAGAGGAGAAUGGGCUGACUGAUUCAAGCUGAUAGAAGAGCAACUUUGCCUGAAAUAACCACUCGUUACAACCGAGGUAUGCAGCAAAGCAUUUGUGAAGCCACAACACGCACAACCUUGAGGCGGAUGGGCUACAACAGCAGAAGACCCCACCGGGUACCACUCAUCUCCACUACAAAUAGGAAAAAGAGGCUACAAUUUGCAAGAGCUCACCAAAAUUGGACAGUUGAAGACUGGAAAAAUGUUGCCUGGUCUGAUGAGUCUCGAUUUCUGUUGAGACAUUCAGAUGGUAGAGUCAGAAUUUGGCGUAAACAGAAUGAGAACAUGGAUACAUCAUGCCUUGUUACCACUGUGCAGGCUGCUGGUGGUGGUGUAAUGGUGUGGGGGAUGUUUUCUUGGCAAGCUUUAGGCCCCUUAGUGCCAAUUGGGCAUCGUUUAAAUGCCACGGCCUACCUGAGCAUUGUUUCUGAUCAUGUCCAUCCCUUUAUGGCCACCAUGUACCCAUCCUCUGAUGGCUACUUCCAGCAGGAUAAUGCACCAUGUCACAAAGCUUGAAUCAUUUCAGAUUGGUUUCUUGAACAUUACAAUUAGUUCACUGUACUAAAAUGGCCCCCACAGUCACCAGAUCUCAACCCAAUAGAGCAUCUUUGGGAUGUGGUGGAACGGGAGCUUCGUGCCCUGGAUGUGCAUCCCACAAAUCUCCAUAAACUGCAAGAUGCUAUCCUAUCAAUAUGGGCCAACAUUUCUAAAGAAUGCUUUCAGCACCUUGUUGAAUCAAUGCCACGUAGAAUUAAGGCAGUUCUGAAGGCGAAAGGGGGUCAAACACAGUAUUAGUAUGGUGUUCCUAAUAAUCCUUUA